AACACACAACUCAAUCGAUGUCCAAUCAGAAUGGUCAAGUCCAUUGUAAUAAUACUGCUUCUCAAACUAAUCGCUGGGCUGACGCUCAUCAGUGCCAUGCAGCUGAAAAUCCCACCGAUGGACCAAGUGGAACCCAGGGAAUUCCUCGAGAUGCGAAAGCUACAAUCGCUGAACCUUGAGUUCACACAACAAUUCGAAAACAUAACCCUCAAGGAUCUGGAGAUACCAAGCGAACGGAUUCCCAGCCUACAGGACUUGCAGUGCCUGGCCGACGUAGGUCUUUGGAUGAAUGGCAUUUCAUCAGCCUCAAUGUGGUCUAUUAAGAUGAUUGAUGCCUGGGGAUCAAAGCCUGCUGGUAUUUUAAGCCUGAACAUCAUUGAUUUGGGAAACUAUGAGCAGUGCAUCAACAUAAACCAGCUGAUUGCAACUAACCAUGCCAUUAAAGGUAAAUACUGCAUGACAGAAAUUCCCUUUGCCAAAAUGCUGGGCAUCGAAUCAAGCGUCAUACGCAGCGUCAGCUUGAAGAUUGGCGUUUGUUUCCCCUCCUCGUGUUCGUCCAGCAACAUGGACACUCUGCUGAACCGGGCGAUUCAGAGCUUGCUCAACGUCACCCACUCCGGGGAGCUGAUCAACCCGGACACCUGCCAGACUGCGGAUCGAGAACCUUUCCCUGGCCUAACCAUAUUCACAAUUGUGCUACUGUCCGUCUUCGGUGCCCUUGCCUUGCUGGCCACCUUAUACGAUUACUUCAUCUGUCAGGAUCAAAGUCAACUGCCUGUCCUGAUCAAGAUCUUCUCGAUACGCGCCUCAUCUCGCGCUCUCUUCCGCACCACAAACCCCAAAUCGAAUCCCAAUGUGAUUGAUUGUCUUCAUGGCAUGCGUUGCAUGUCCCUCUUGUGGGUGGUCUUUGGUCAUGAGUACAUGUUCGGCUUGGUGCAGCCCAAUAUUAACAAAUGGAGCAUUUAUCACUGGAUUCAACAACCCUUCCAGAACUUGAUAGUGCACGGCGUCUUUUCCGUGGAUACAUUCUUCUUCCUGAGUGGUCUUCUUGUGAUUAUGAUUGCCCUGCGCUCCAUGGGCAAAACUAAAGGAAAACUGAAUGUGCCACUGAUGUAUCUGCAUCGGUAUUUGCGUCUGGCUCCCCUCGUGGGUGUGGCCAUCUUGGUCUACAUGCAGUUGUUGCCUUUGCUGGUGAGCGGACCUCUUUCCAAUAAUGGCGUCGAUGACUAUGAGAAAUGCGAACGCACCUGGUUCUGGUCAUUGCUCUUCGUUCAAAACUAUGCCACAACGGAGAUUUGUUUGGGACAUACUUGGUAUUUAGGAGUGGACAUGCAGCUCUACCUGUUGUCGCCCAUCUUCCUGUUCGCACUCUACAAAUGGGGCAAGAAGGCUGCCAUUGGAAUCGUAGUACUGAUGAUCUUGCUGCUCGUCUGGAUGUUUACCCUCAUGAUGGUCAAGGAAUAUUCCGUGUACCCUCGAAACGGUUUUGGUCCCGCUGACUCGAAUCGUUGGCUCUACUUCUCCACCCAUCUGCAUGCCACGCCCUGGCUUGUUGGUGCCGUCUUUGGAUACUUUUUGCACGUGAAUCGUGGCAAAUCCUUCAAGCUGACCCCUCUCAUGGUCUGGGCAGGCUGGUUGCUCAGCCUGGCGAUCAUAUUCGCCUGUGAGUUCUCGUUGGUGGGCUAUGACAAAUUCGGAGGUCCCAUGCUCACCAUGUUGGGUGAUGCUCUCUACUAUACGCUGACACGUCUUGGCUGGCCUCUGGCUCUCUGCUGGGUUGUCUUUGCCUGCAUGCAAGGAUACGGCGGCAUGGCGAACAGUUUCCUCUCCUGCCCACUGUGGCAGCCGCUGUCGAAGCUCUCCUACUCCGUGUACAUCUGGCACAUUCUCAUUCAGGAGAUGAACGUGCGACGCAUUCAAACGAACACUUAUUUCUCCGACUACGAAAUGAUGCUCAAGUUCUGGUCGGACUUUGGUUUCACGGUUCUCGUUUCCUAUGCCACUUAUGUUACAAUUGAGGCGCCUCUUGGCGGCUUGGAAAGUCUUUUGCUAUCCAGAAGCAAACCCAGUCCAGUUGCGAAGACAGUUCCUGAAAUAAUCAAAGUGGAGAAGAAUCCUAUAUCCAUAGUGAAUGUUGAUCUAGAGGCAGCCCCAAUUCCAAUGAAAAUUACAACGGGGAUUGAGAUAGAGACUGCGGCUGAUGAAGCCUCAGCAAGUGCUGCAGCUGAGACAAAUGAUCCACAAAUGAAUCCAAACUAAUCUUGUCCGUUACUAUAAGACCUAAGUUAAGAGCGAGCUCGAUUUAAAAUUCUCAUCUUCACCUUUGCUUUAAUGCGAGAAAGCGAGCCUUAAGCUUUCCUUGUUUUUUUUUUUUUGU